AUGAGGAGCGGCAGGAGAACGAGGAUGAGGUGGCUCCCGACUACUGUCAGAGCGCAACCCUGCGGCUGCUCCGACCACUCGGCGCCCAUGGACGGCCUUCGCAGUUGUGCGGGAAAAGCGUUCCUGGCUGCGGUGGAGCAGGCGCGUUGGAGCAGCAAAGGAGUGCGAGAGGAGGGGGAGGAAGGAGAAAGAUUUGAAACGGCCUUCACGAGCCCAAAUGGACGACGACGGCGCUUCCCGUUUUUGUCAAGUCAGGUUCUUCUGUGUGGGAUGCAACGCGUGACCUUUAGUGCUUUGUGCGAGAGGCACGGACUAAGUAGGCUACGUACCAUGUUGGCUAUUGACGAGCGCAUGGUGGAGGCGAUCCGGUGCCUCCAGCUCGUAGGCAUUGUCGAUUGA